AUGGAGCAGAAUCCAUUGACGUUAGAGGAAGCUGCACAGACUUUCUUCAAUACGACUACAUACCCUUUUAACGCAAAUGCCACUCGUAUCGUCCACUUUAAGUCCCAACUUAUGUGGAAAAACACAACGGACACUGACGGUGGCUACUCUAAUCCAAUCGUACCAUCUGACUCAGGUAUGACGUAUGAGUAUGUUUUAGAGAUAUGCGGAGACGGAUACGUCACUGGAGGCGAGUGGGUGAAGGACUCAAUCUUUGUGCAUCCCGACUUCUGCUGGUUGACAAAGAGUCGACCAUCGGCUGACUUGGUGACGAGUAUCGGUCUGAGCUACGCUGACGUGACGAUGCUACUUGAGAAGUCGGCUGCGUGCUCUGAUUUGAAGAAGAGUAGUAACAACUGA